AUGAAAAUACACAAUGUUAUCAUAAUUAUAGUAUUCUUUUACAUAGAUUUUAUUAAAACAAGGAUUAUUAUACAUAAAGAAAGUAUCAUUUUAAAGAAAUCACUUGUUUCUUUCUGUGAAUUUACAGAUCCAACAAAAUAUCUUUUUAAGUUAGAAUCAUUAAUAAUAACACCAAAUCCCCCAAUCCGAGGGAAAAACAUGACAAUUGAAGCAUCAGGAACAUUAAAAGAAGGAUUUUGUGUUGGAAGCUAUGCCAAUUUAAAAAUAAAAUAUCAAUUCAUACCACUUAUUAAUAUUCAAGAAGAUUUAUGUACACAGGCAGAAAAAGUUGGGUUUGAGUGCCCUAUUAAGGAAGGCUACUAUUCGUUAAAAAGAACAUUCUAUAUUCCAGAAGAAAUAAUUUCAGGGAGAUAUAUUAUUUCAUCAGACUUAAUAACAGAAGGAAAUCAAAGAAUUGCAUGUUUUUUGGUUGAUAUAGUAUUUAAAUCACAAACAUUUAUCAAAAAUAACCAUUAA